GUUUUCUGGUUGCGAGGUGGUGAAGACGCAUGCCAGCGUUGGUCCCUGCGGUGCCAGGUGGAAAGGAGUCCUGUUUCUGCCUAAUGGAGUUUCCACUCUUCGGAAGGGAGAAGCUGGGAAAAGCGGAGGCUUUGUAGAAUCUCUGCAGCCCUUUGGUGGCCCGAGCUCCCCGAGCACAGCAGGAAGUGUGCCCCUGGGAGAAGUAUGCCUCGGGGCCACGCACAGGCGGUUCUGCCUUCUUCACCAUCUGGUCCAAAGUUCACGUUUCCUUCAUUAGCUACUGAAACUUAUUACGGGGCUGCAUACUGUAUUUCCGGAAGAGUUUGUUAAUUGUGGAGGAGCAGCAAACCUGAAGAUUAGAAAAGAAAGACCCAAAGGACCAAUUUAUCUGCAACACAGUGCAGGAGAGUGUCUUUACCUAACCAAUACACAAAUUUACUCUCCUUUAAACAUCCCUGUGAUUGAGUGAAUCCCAGCCAGCUCCUAGGGCGGUGCAGUGAACUGUGUGUGGUUCCUUCUGCCUGGGGACCAUGCAGAGAGCUUCCCGUCUGAAGAGGGAGCUGAAGUUGUUAGCCACAGAGCCACCCCCGGGCAUCACUUGCUGGCAAGAUAAGGACCAAAUGGAUGAUCUGCGAGCUCAAAUAUUAGGUGCGGCUGACACACCUUAUGAAAAAGGUGUUUUCAAGCUGGAAGUUAUCAUUCCUGAGAGGUAUCCAUUUGAACCCCCUCAGAUCCGAUUUCUUACUCCAAUCUAUCAUCCAAACAUUGAUUCUGCUGGACGGAUUUGUCUAGAUGUUCUCAAAUUGCCACCAAAAGGUGCCUGGAGACCAUCUCUCAACAUUGCAACCGUGUUGACUUCUAUUCAAUUGCUCAUGUCCGAACCCAACCCUGAUGACCCACUCAUGGCCGACAUAUCCUCCGAAUUUAAAUAUAAUAAGCCAGUCUUCCUCAAGAAUGCCAGGCAGUGGACAGAGAAGCAUGCAAGACAGAAAGAGAAGGCUGAUAAGGAGGAGAUGCCUGGUGAUCUGCCAGAGGCUGGUGACUCAGAAGUAUGCAGCACAACACAGAAAAGGAAAGCCAGGCAGCUGGGAGGCACAGAAAAGAAAUUUUGCCCUGAUGCUUAGGGGUUCGUCCUGGUCUAUCUUAGUUAAUAUAUUCUUUGCUAAGAUGCUCUAAUUUGCUUACCUUUCUUGACUGUUUGUCUUUGUAUUUGUUGACAUUAUCAUUUUUUGUAUCGUCUAAAACAGACCUUGUGUAUUUACAUAUUCUGCUCUACAUAGAUGCUCUGAGGGUAGUUUGUUUUAUUUAGCUUGUACAUACGUAUUUUGAAACCUUUUAAACCUGAAAAAUAAAUAAUCAUUUAAUGUUGAA